UCGGAAAAUACACAAAAACCUUCGCUCCUCCUCCUCCACGGUUUUGGCCCUUCCGCUGUGUGGCAAUGGAGCCAUCAGGUGAAGCCGCUCUCUCGAUCCUUUCUUCUCUACGUCCCAGACCUUGUUUUCUUCGGCGGCUCCUCUUCCACAGGGGAGAACCGCACAGAGAUGUUUCAGGCUUUGUGCAUGGGGAAGCUCAUGGAGAAGCUCGAAGUCGAGAGAUUCAGCAUCAUUGGUACGAGCUACGGCGGGUUCGUGGCGUAUAACAUAGCGAAAAUGUUUCCGGAGAAAGUUGAGAAAGUGGUGCUUGCUAGCUCCGGCGUUAAUAUGCGGCGGAGUGACAAUGAGGCGUUCAUCGCGAGGGCCAAGUGUAACGGCAUCAAGGAGGUGAUGCUUCCUUCAUCCGCGACAGAUCUUAGGAGAAUGUCUGGGAUAGUUUCUUCUAAGAGACUCGAUUACGUACCAGAUUUUGUCUUGAACGACUUUUGCCAGAAAAUGUAUUCGGAGAAGAGAGAGGAAAAAGCAGAACUUUUGGAGGGGCUGAGUAUUGGGAAGGAUGACAAAACUAACGUUUCUCCGAUUCAACAGGAUGUAAUGCUGAUAUGGGGGGAGCAAGAUCAAGUUUUUCCUUUAAAAAUGGCCCAUGACCUCAAAGAGAUGUUGGGGAAAAAGGCGACGCUAAAAGUGAUACCAAAGACAUCACAUAUACCCCAAACGGAAAAGUCCAAAGAGUUCAAUGGUAUUGUCAUGUCUUUCUUAGUACCUGCCUCUCCCUCUCCUCCAAUAUAAAUGUAUAACAUGCAUGUUCGAAUAUAAAUUGCCAAUUUUUAUGGUUUCGUCAAUGUUUAGAAGUGUUUGUGUACAAUUUCGAAUUAGAUACAAAAAAAAAUUGUAACAUGAUUAUUAACGUUCGAUUGAUGCCAAAUUACUACAUGAGACAAGUUCAGAACA